UAAUGUAUUAUCCUUACGGCAGAUAAUAAUAUUAUCCUCGUUCAGUGUAUCAACCACAACCAUACAGACCUUAGUUUUAUCAACCUUAUGCACCCUAAUACUAUCCAUAAUCAGCUCUUUAUUAAUCCUAUAAUGGAUUUCAAAUUUCAAAAGUGAAUAUGCCAACAGCUCAUCCUAUGGCUAGCUAAACAAUUCAAUCUCCAAAUAAGAAUUUUCAAAGUCCAAUUAGAGGAUUUGCAUCACCUGCUAGAAAUCAACUUAUGCAAUCACAAUAAUAACCACCAUAAUAAAAACCACCUUCAUAAUAGCAAUUAUAAUCACCAACACGACCAGGAUUUUUAACUUAUGAAUAAGUGAUGGAAAGAAUUAAUAAAAGCAAUGCAUAAUAAUAAUAACAAUAACCUUAGUAAAGUAAUCUAUUUUCUAACUAUCUUAGAAUCUACAUCUUUACCUUAACCAAUCAAACCCAAACCUUAACCAUAAAAUGAUUAAAACUAAUAAUAAUAACCUAAAAAAAAGUAAGAUCAUGAUAUAUAACCAACAUAACAAUAAAUUUAACAACAAAAUAAAACACCAAAUAAACAAGUUCCUGAAUAAUAAGAAACCUAACCUAAAAAAUAAACACCACCACCAUAAUAAUAAUAAAAUGAAGAAGUAGAUGAUGAACUUGAAGGUAAAAAAUAUUAUUAAAUAAUAGAAUUGGCUUUACAAUAUGAAGAUGGUUAUAUUUAUAGAGGUUAAGGUUAUCCUCCAUAAACUAGAAGUGGAUUUGGAAUUUUAACAGAUAGUGAAGGUCAAGAAGUUUAUGCUGGGUAUUGGAGAGAGAAUUUUUAUGAGGGUGAUGGAAAGUUAAAUAAUUUGCAAGUUGAAUAAAUAGAAGGACCUUAUGAUUACACUAAUAUGACAAAUAUUGGAAAUGGAUGGAAAUGUUAUGAAGGUAAUAAAUUUAUAUUAAUCGUUAGGUUUAUUUGAGGGUGGCAAAAUGCAUGGAGAAGGUACAUUAGUACUCUCAAAUGAAGAAAAAUAUACUGGGCAAUUUGAUGAUGGAAUGAUUCAUGGAGAAGGUAAAUUCUAAACUCUUGAGAAUAAAAUUAUCUCAGCAAAAUGGGAAUAAGGAAUUCUAGAAUAGUAUAUUGAAUGAUUUAUUAUUUUUUCUUCAUUCAAAGCCGGG